AAGAGGAAGAGAAACAGGAAAAGUUAUCCCACCUCUGGACCCUUUGGAUGCUCUGCUGGGACUGCAGGUGCCAUGAUGGCCUUGCUGCUGGCCUUCUUCUCCGCCGUGGCCCCGCUCGCCCCACUCGCGGCCGGGUUCCCCUCCUCCAGGGAAAACACAGAUGACCUCAAGGCCCUGAGGGUCUCCAUCGCACGGCACCCCCCUCCCAAGGCGGUCCUGGCCGGCAGCUUGACCCUUCCCUGCCGCGUGACCUUCCUCCGCCCGAUGGCCACUCCACCUGGCCCGCCCCGGGUGAAGUGGUCCUUCCUGUGGGAAGGGUGGGAGGCAGAGGUGCUGGUGGCCCGGGGGGCAAAGGUCAAGCUGGGGCCGGGCUACGAAGGCCGGGCGGCGCUGCCUUUCUACCUGGACGACCCCUCGGACGCUACUCUGACCCUUGACCAGCUGCGGACAAAUGACUCUGGAAUCUUCCGCUGCGACGUCCAGCACGGCAUCGAGGACGGGCACGACACCCUGGAGGUCAAGGUCAAAGGGGUGGUGUUCCUCUACCGAGAAGGCUCCUCCCGUUACGCGUACACCUUCGCAGAGGCCCAGGAGGCUUGCGCCCGCAUCGAAGCCCAGAUCGCCAGCCCCGAGCAGCUCUACGCGGCCUACCUGAGCGGAUACGAGCAGUGCGACGCCGGGUGGAUCGCCGACCAGACCGUCAGGUACCCCAUCCAGACCCCGAGGGAGGCCUGCUACGGCGACAUGGAGAGCUUCCCCGGCGUCCGCAACUACGGCGUCGUCGACCCCGAAGACCAGUACGACGUCUACUGCUACGUGGAGGAGCUCUACGGUGAGCUCUUCGUGGUCAGCUCCCCGCAGCGGUUCUCGUGGCCGGAGGGUCGGGAGGCGUGCGAGGCGCUGGGGGCGUCCGUGGCCACCACCGGCCAGCUCUACGCGGCCUGGAGCCAAGGCCUGGACCACUGCAACCCCGGCUGGCUGGCCGACGGCAGCGCCCGCUACCCCAUCGUGACCCCACGGGAGAAGUGCGGGGGGACCGUCCCCGGGGUCAAGACCCUCUUCCGCUUCCGCAACCAGACCGGCUUCCCGGACCCACAGACCGGCAGAUACGACGUCUUCUGCUUCCGAGAAGAGAGCCCGGCAGGGCCCGAAGCUCCAGCGGCCGAGUCCGAGAUCGUGACGGUGACGGAGCGGAUGGAGGAGCUGCACCUGCCCCCCGCCAUGGAGUCUGGCCCGGCCAAGGAGUCCCGGGGGGCCAUCUACGCCGUGCCCCUUCCCCAGGAGGCGCCGCCCCAAGAGGGUCCCCACCAGACUGAGGAACCCCCCGGGGGGCACCACUCGGGGGGCAAAGGGGGUUGCCGCCUCGCCAUCUCCGGCCGGGAAGCGGGGUACCCGGGCUGCGCAGAGGGACACCUGCACACAGAGGAGGAGUCCGGCCCCGAGGAGGACGGAGGAGAGUUCGAUUCGGAGGACGAGUGGAUGAUGCACCCCCUGCAAGAGGAAGAAGAGGAAGAUGAUGAGGAGGAGGAGGAGGAGGAUGAUGAAGAUGAUGAUGAUGAAGAAGAAGACCUUCUUGUUGGGACUGUGGACCCCACAGCGGUCCAAGUGGUCAGCAGCGAGGCCUCUCCGUCUCCUAGCAACAACGACAACAACAGCAGCAUCUCCGAGGAGGAGAGUGGACCUCACGACGAGGAUGAUGAGGAUGAUGCGGGGGCACAGGGAGGGGGUCGCGACCCCAAAGGUGACCCCUCCGAAGCCUUGUCCAUCCUCCCUCUGGAGCAGAUGGAGAAGGAGGCCUCUGUCCACUACGGUCAGUCUCAGGAGGAAGAUAUAGGUGGCCUUCCUCUUCAGAGGACCACUCCGGCCACUGAUGAAGAAGAGGCUUCCGGAGCCCCGACGGUCAAGCCUUCCAGUGUCCUGAAUGGCCAGAAGCGCAUUGGUCCAGUGUGGCUCUGGCCGGCUGCGGCCACUGUUGUCAGUUUGGGUCAUCACGAUGAAAAUGAGGAUGAAGUAGUGACUGCUGCUAUGGUCAGUUUGGACCAUCAUGAUGAUGAUGAAGAAGAAGUAGUGACCACUAGUAUGGUCAGUUUGGAUCACGAUGGCGAUGAUGAUGUAGUGGUCAGUUUGGGUCAUCAUAACGAUGGUGUUGAAGUGGUGACUGCUGCUGUGGUCAGUUUGGGUCAUCAUAACAAUGAUGAAGUGGUGACCGCUGCUGUGGUCAGUUUGGGUCGACACAACGACAAUGACCAAGAGCAGGAAAAUGACCCCUCGACCUUGAUUGACCCAUUGACCACAGGCUUGACCCCAAGUGACCACUCGACCCCAAGCCAAGAAGAUUCAGGUCCAACGUCCACCGAAGAGGAAGAAGAAGACCUCUCUGGCCGUUCCUCCUUGACCCGGUCAUCCUUUGCUGACCGCUUGACCAGCGCUCGGCCCCUUCUGCCCACCCAAAGGGCCAGUUUAGGCAGCCGGGCAGCGGCCGGAGGGGUCGCCUCAGGUGACUGCCUUUUGAUGGAGGAGCCUUGCCUCAACGGAGGCACCUGCGCCGAGGACGGAGAGCGCCUCACCUGCCUCUGCCUACCUGGAUACGGAGGGGAUGCCUGCCAGGACGAACUGGAGCAUUGCCGAUCAGGUUGGGAGGCCUUCCAGGGCUCCUGCUAUAGACAUUUCCCGCGUCGCCGGAGCUGGGAGGAGGCCGAGGCGCAGUGCCGCGCGCAGGGGGCCCACCUGGCCAGCAUCGCCACCCCCGAGGAGCAGGACUUCCUCAACAGUAGGGCCCCCACAGAGCGCUACAAGGAGUAUCAAUGGAUCGGCCUGAACGACCGGACCAUCGAAGGGGACUUCCAGUGGUCCGACGGCAGCCCUUUGCUCUAUGAGAACUGGCACCCGGGCCAGCCGGACAGCUACUUCCUGUCCGGAGAGAACUGCGCGGUCAUCGUGUGGCACGACCAGGGCCAGUGGAGCGACGUGCCCUGCAACUACCACCUCUCCUUCACCUGCAAGAUGGGCCUCGUGUGGUGUGGCCCCCCUCCGGAGGUGAGCGGGGCCCGGGUCUUCGGGAAGGCCAAGGUGCGCUACGAGGCUGGGUCCGUGGUCCGCUACCGAUGCCGCGGGGGGCUCCGCCAGCGCCACUCGCCCCUCGCCCGGUGCCGGGAGGAUGGCCAAUGGGAGGAGCCCAGGGUCACCUGCAGGACAGAAGCAGUGCCCCUUUCGGCCCAGGAUGGACGGAGACCCUCCUGAACGCAGACCCGGGCGGGCCGGACAACGGGAGCCCCCACGGUGCCCUCUGACCCCGUCGCCUUCUCUGUUGUUAUUUUUUUGUAUUGUUUCUAUUUGUGCUGUUAUUGUUAUUGCUAUUAUUGGUGCGCAUAAAGACAUCCUAGUAACUCCCCC